UUUUUCCUUUUCUUUUAAGAAAAGAAAUAAGGAAAGAAAGAAAGAACACUGAAUUUGAUGGGAUAGGUGCGUAUUUGGGUUGACGGGUAACACAGCUUGGGUUCGUCUUCUGAGUUAGUGUGCGCUAAAGCUGAUUACAUUAUUCUGUUUUCCGGUAUUUGUUGAAACAUCAAUCAGCAUUCAUCAUUCAUCAUUCAGCAUUCAACAUUCAACCGCACGAUCCGAUUCGGAUCCGAAUGCGGCACCGUAACGUAGAGGUCAUUCUCAACAAUUCAAUGUGACUACGUAACUGAAUCGUGAAUUCUCGAUCCAAAAUCGACAAUGUCUUGGGGUUUGGGUUGGAAGAGACCUUCGGAGAUCUUCCACCUCACUCUCAGCUAUGGCACCGACGAUCCGCCGGAGAAUAUCGCUCGCACCUCAUCCUCUUCCCGGUCCUCCUCCUCCUCCACUUCUUCGUUGUCUUCAUCCGCUUCCACUUCCUCAAUCAUCUCGCAGGAUCAGGACCUCGGGUUUCGCAUUGAAUUGGAUUGGUCGGCUUCGGAAGACGAGGAUCAGGUGGCGUUGAAGCUUCAAUCGCAGCUGAUGGUGGCGCUGCCGAUGCCGCAGGACACGGUGGUGGUUGAGCUCUCGCCUCGGGACGAAGAUGAGAACGUGGUGGAUUUGGAAAUGAAGGUUGUCAAGCGACGAGAGCCUCUCAGAGCGGUCACAAUGAGCAAAGUUGUUGCCUCCGGUCAGCAGAGCGACGGCACUGGCGUUUUGAUACGCUUGUUGCGCUCUGAUUUGCCGUCCCCGACGCCGCCGUCGUCUCCGCCAGUCGCUGCAGAUGCCGCCGUUGCCGGCUCCGGCAACCACUGGACCAGUCUCUCUGUGCUAAGCCUCUGUGGCUGUGGCUUGUCGGUAUUUCCAGUGGAGCUUACACUAUUGCCCCACCUUGAGAAACUCUAUCUUGAUAACAACAGGCUAAGUGUUUUGCCGCCUGAGCUUGGUGUGCUAAGAAGCUUAAAAGUGCUCAGGGUUGACAGCAACAUGGUUGUCUCGGUGCCUGCGGAACUGAGACAGUGUAUGCAGUUGGUGGAGUUGUCACUGGAACAUAACAAGCUUGUUAGGCCACUUCUUGACUUCAGGGCUAUGGCUGAACUACGGGUUCUUAGGCUAUUUGGAAAUCCUCUUGAGUUUCUUCCUGAAAUUUUGCCCCUCCAUAAACUUCGCCACCUUUCUCUUGCAAAUAUUAGGAUUGUCGCAGAUGAAAAUUUGAGAUCGGUGAACGUGCAAAUAGAGAUGGAAAACAGUUCUUAUUUUGGUGCUUCUAGGCAUAGACUCAGUGCCUUCUUCUCUCUUAUAUUCCGCUUUUCUUCUUGUCAUCAUCCUUUACUAGCAUCUGCACUGGGAAAGAUAAUGCAAGACGAAGGAAAUAGAGCCUUUAUAGGUAAAGAUGAGAAUGCAGUGCGACAACUUAUAAGCAUGAUAAGUAGUGACAACAGUCAUGUGGUUGAACAAGCCUGCUCUGCUCUUUCAUCCCUUGCAUCUGGUGAUUCCGUAGCAUUGCAUCUGAUGAAAGCAGACAUCAUGCAACCAAUUAGAACAGUUCUGAAAUCUAGUGGUCUGGAAGAGGUAAUAUCUGUAUUGCAAGUUGUGGUCAAGUUGGCUUUCACUUCUGAUAGUGUGGCUGAGAAGAUGUUGACCAAGGAUAUUUUAAAAUCAUUGAAAAACUUAUGUGCUCAUAAAGAUCCAGAGGUACAAAGACUAGCUUUGUUAGCUGUUGGGAAUUUAGCCUUCUGUCUGGAAAAUCGUCGCAUACUUGUUACUUCUGAAAGCUUACGGGAACUUCUCUUGCGCCUGACUGUUGCAACUGAGCCACGUGUUUAUAAAGCUGCUGCUCGUGCUUUGGCAAUUCUUGGAGAAAAUGAAAACCUGAGGCGCGCAAUUAAAGGGAGACAAGUGGCAAAGCAGGGACUACGCAUACUUGCAAUGGAUGGAGGUGGAAUGAAAGGUCUAGCAACUGUACAAAUGCUAAAGGAAAUUGAAAAGGGAUCUGGAAAACGAAUACACGAGUUGUUUGAUUUAAUUUGCGGCACUUCAACAGGAGGAAUGCUAGCUGUUGCACUUGGGAUCAAGUUAAUGACUUUGGAAGAAUGUGAAGAUAUAUACAAAAAUCUCGGGAAGCUUGUUUUCGCUGACUCUGUUCCCAAGGACAAUGAAGCUGCUACUUGGCGAGAAAAAUUGGAUCAACUUUAUAAAAGUUCAUCACAGAGCUUUAGGGUUGUUGUUCAUGGAUCAAAACACAGUGCAGAACAGUUUGAGAGGCUAUUGAAGGAAAUGUGUGCUGAUGAGGAUGGAGAUCUAAUGAUAGAUUCUGCUGUGAAAAAUGUACCCAAAGUCUUUGUUGUAUCAACCUUGGUGAGCAUGAUGCCUGCACAGCCUUUCAUAUUCCGCAAUUAUCAGUACCCUGCUGGAACACCUGAGGUUGCUCUUACAACAUCAGAUGGUUCAGGGAUCAAUGUAUUAUCAUCGACUGUAGGUGAACAGGUUGGCUAUAGGCGCAGUGCUUUCAUUGGAAGCUGUAAGCAUCAAGUAUGGAAGGCCAUCAGAGCAUCGUCUGCUGCUCCAUAUUAUCUAGACGAUUUCUCAGAUGAUCUUAAUCGCUGGCAAGAUGGUGCAAUAGUGGCAAACAAUCCUACAAUUUUUGCCAUAAGAGAAGCACAACUUCUGUGGCCUGACACAAAAAUUGACUGUCUGGUUUCAGUAGGAUGCGGUUCUGUUCGAACUAGGCCACGAAAAGGAGGUUGGCGGUAUCUGGAUACGGGGCAGGUAUUGAUUGAAAGUUCAUGUUCUGUUGAUCGGGUGGAGGAAGCUUUAAGUACAUUGUUACCUAUGCUUCCUGAGAUACAAUAUUUUCGUUUCAAUCCAGUUGAUGAACGUUGUGAUAUGGAACUUGAUGAGACAGAUCCAACUAACUGGCUAAAGUUGGAAUCUGCAGUUGAAGAGUAUAUACAAAAGAAUCAUCAAGCAUUUGAAAAUGCGUGUGAGAGGUUACUCCUUCCAUUCCAUCAUGAGGAGAAGUGGUCAGAAAAUAUGAGACAAAAAUUACCCAAGACAAAGGAAUCACUUGAAGGAGCCAAUGGCCCAACCUUAGGGUGGAGGCGUAAUGUACUACUUGUUGAAGCUGCACAUAAUCCAGAUUCUGGAAAAGCGAUCCACCAUGCCAGGGAACUUGAGUCAUUUUGUGCUCGUAAUGGCAUACGUUUGUCCCUCGUAGAGGGUUUGUCUGGGAUUGUAAAGACAUUGCCAUCAACAACAUUCCCAACUCCAUUUGCAUCGCCUUUGUUUACAGGAAGCUUCCCUUCAAGUCCCCUCAUGUAUAGUCCUGAUCUUGGUCAGAGGAUUGGACGAAUUGAUCUGGUCCCACCACUGAGUUUGGAUGGUCAAUUGGGAAAAACAGUUGCAUCGCCUCCGGUGUCACCUCGAGGACUUAGACAGCUCUCUUUUCCCAUUAAAUCAUUGCACGAGAAAUUGCAGAAUUCGCCACAAGUGGGUGUUAUACAUUUGUCUCUUCAAAACGACUCUGAUGGGUCAAUAGUUAGUUGGCACAAUGAUGUGUUUGUGGUGGCUGAACCUGGAGAGCUUGCCGAGAAAUUUCUACAAAAUGUUAAAUUCAGUUUGUUGUCAACAAUGAGGAGCCAUCGCAGAAAGGGUGCAAAUCUCCUGGCAAAUAUUUCUACUAUUUCUGAUUUAGUUGCCUUUAAACCUUAUUUUCAAAUUGGAGGCAUUGUCCACCGAUAUCUAGGCCGUCAAACCCUAGUUAUGGAAGAUGAUCAAGAAAUUGCUUCAUAUAUGUUUCGUAGAACUGUCCCUUCUAUGCACCUAUCUCCUGAGGAUGUACGAUGGAUGGUUGGAGCUUGGAGAGACAGGAUCAUAAUAUGCACAGGGACACAUGGACCUACUGCUGCUCUUAUAAAGGCCUUUCUAGACUCCGGUGCCAAAGCUAUUGUUUGUCCUUCAAAUGAACCUCCAGAGUCUCAGACGAGCAAUGUUGAUGGUUACAAAGAGUUGAAUGCGGUGGAAAAUGGAAAAUUUGAAAUUGGAGAGGAUGAAGCAGAUGAUGAGGCCGUACCCAACAGUCCAGUAAGUGACUGGGAAGAUAGUGACCCCGAGAGAUAUGGGGACCGCACUUUGUCUUUUUGGGACGAUGAUGAAGAGGAGCUGUCAAAUUUUGUUUGCCACUUGUAUGAUUCAUUGUUCAGGGAAGGUGCUAGCAUCAAUGUUGCUUUGCAACAUGCUCUUGCCUCGUACAGAAGAAUGAGGUAUGUGUGUCAUCUCCCCGGCGUACAAUAAUUUUGAUCACUUAAUCUUACAUAAUAAAAGACGAAAAUAAAGGAUGAGCGAGGGGGGAAAGAUAAGUAGCGGAGUCUGUAUUAGAUCAUGUUCUAUUAAAUUAUAGUCGAUAACCAGUUUUGUGGCUCAUAAAAGGUUUACGUAUGUAUCCCUUGCUAUUUUAUUCAGUUUCCUAUGUAACUAUGUAACUGUAAUGACAUUGCAGGAGGAUUAGGGCUUCGUAUUAUAUGUAUUAUAGUCACACAUUGUCAUACUUUUUUUUUAGCCAUUCAAAUAUUCGCAGACCCAAAA